CUUUAGCUGUUUUGGAUCGGCGUGUCAGGAGGGAAGGGGAUCAAGAGGGAAAUAAUAACGGGGAGCAGUUUGGUGGCUAAAUCUGAAGUCUUUCAGCCGCAUCCCAGAGAAUGUGGAGGUGAUGAGCUCUUAGGUGUUUUCUUCCCCUCAAGGGUGGGCAGCCACCCUGAAUCUCUGCUGGAGCCCGUCGAGGAGCACCUCAGGGGGCACCGUGGAAAAGUUUGGGUUGGAAGGGAGCUUGAAGAUCAUCUAGUUCCAAUCCCCGUGCUGAGGGCAGGGACCCCCGCUAGAACAGAUUGUUCAGAGCCCCAUCCAACGUGGUCCUGCACCCCGAGAUCCCCAUGAAGGAAAGAAGGAUCCGACAGGGAAGGGAUGAUAAAUGCCAGAGGUGGGAGCCCUCCUCGGGUACGGGUAGGGAAGGGACAAUUUGGGGUUUAUCAUGAGAAGCUGGAGUCUUGGGAGGGCAGGUGGAGGCUGGAGCAGGCUGGGGAGAAAGGUCCCUGUGCAGGGAAAAAGAGGCCAAGCACAAGUCUUAGGAGGGCUGUAUUUCUGAUAGCUGAAACCAGGCUGUUCCAAGGGUUGGCAAGUUCUGAUUGCGUCCCUGCUCCCACAACAGGAUUCCUGAUAGUGGUGACUGGGAGAAAAUUCCAUGGAACCAGAGACACAAAUCCCCCUGCACCUUCCUGCCCCAAGAUCUUUCUACCUUUUCCUCAAGUCACCCAAAGCCGUCCAGCACUGUUGCUUGCUCUUUAAUCCCACUCUUAGUCCUCCCUUUCCUGACAAAACCUGUGCCCUACAGGUUUGCUUUGUCCCCUCUAGCUGUUGUUUAGCUGCCCCUCUCCUUUCUGUCUCUUUUGACAUCCCCACUGCCUGUGAGCAUCCCUUCCCUUCUGUGAUUCUACACCAGCUAAACCCACCAGCCUGAGACGGGCUCCCACUCCAGCUCAGCUUCCAGAAACCUGAAUUCACCCUUAAAUCAUCCCCAGGAAAACAGGCAGUCUGUGUCCAGGCUCCCUUUUGGCAAAGGAGAAAUCAGAUUAAAUUUAUAUUUUCUUUUUCUAAUCACCAGGUUUGGGUAUUAAAAAAUAACGUUCUUGAAUACAUCUUUCAGAGUUAAUUUCUUUCCCCCCCCAAAAAAAAAACUUCUCAGCAAAUCAACAAUAUUUGGUGAAUCUUAGUGUGAGAUCUAAGUGACACUUAGAGAUCAAAAGUAAUCUUCAAAAGUAAGCAAUCAAAAGUACAGUUAGAAAUAAGUAUACCUUAGUUGAAAGGUAAUAAUCAGGAAAAAAAAUCUAUUUCUAGCUUCUCUGCAUGAAUCUUCACCAACUUUGAUAUUUGACACUAUUAGGCAUAGUUAACCCAAAAACAUGCUUUUAAAACAGAGAUUUUAUUUUCUCUAUAUGAAAGGCAGAACCAGGAUUUUGCUUAUUUCCCUUUCUUGGUAACUUUUCUUAAUUCUUUCAGUGCCUGGCCUUAGCUUGAUUUUACGUGUGGUUUAAUAUUUGUAGAAUAAUCAUUUCCAAGCAUUUUUUUUGGGUCUCCACAUCCCCCUUUUUCCAUGAAUAUUUGUUUUUUUCUGAUUCUGUCUCCAUGUUGGCGGUGGACUUUUAGAAAGUUUCGUUUUUGCCUAGUUGCAUUUGCACUUUUAUCAGAUUAUUUUGUUUGUGUACUUUUAUUUUGCUUUAGUAGCUGAGUCACAGGAGACCUCAGAGUAAUGGGCUGUUGAACACUCCUUUAAAAAUCAAGGCAUUAUAAUUGUUCUCUUGCAUUAACAGUUACUUUGCCUGUGAUCACUUGAAGGAACAGAAAAAGAAACUGAUAUGUUCGCACUUAAAUGUCUUUCAAAAUUACAGUCCAAAGUGCCUCAGUGGUGCUGUGACUCAGGAGCUUAAAACCAACGCAGGGAGCCCAGAACAGAAACCAAACUGGCUUAUCUGGUCAGAAGAGAAGGUGAAAAUUCACUUUUCAAUACUUAGGCUACUUUUUUUUUGACAGAAUAUUUUGCUAAAAAAAGGAUUUUUGCAGUGUCUGCUUUUGGGCAAUUUUAAUCAUCUUAUUUACCAAACCUUUCUGAACGGGGAUUUGUGGAGUUCCUUGGCUAGAUGGAGCUGUCUCUGUGGAACUGAAGGCUCAUUUAUUUAUUUAGCCACAAGAGGAAGACAGGAUGAGCAAUUGUCACCAAACUCUGUUUCUGUUCCCUUAGCAAUAGCCUGCACACCUCAACGCUCAUGUUAAUUCAAAUAUCCCACAUGCUGUUGCAGGAAUAUUUCUGAUUUUAUUGAUGUUCCAGGCUGGGCUGGAUGGGGCCCUGAGCAACCUGAUCUAGUGGGUGACAUCUCUGUCUGUGGCAGGGAGUUGAAAUUAGAUGACCUUUAAGGUUCCCUUCCAACCCAAACCAUUCAAUGAUUUUUUAUUUUAUUUUUUUUUUACUUCACCUUUUUCAUAAUGAAAAUGUCUCUGAAGUCCUUUUGUUCCUUGAUCAAUAUUGUUGAUGGGACAAAGAAGUGGACGUCAAGAAAGAAGCAGGAAACCAGAGGUGGCACUGAGCAAGACCAUGGAGGCAGAAAUUGAAAUACAAAACAAUAAAGAGGAAACCGAAGAGCUGAAGGCCAAAAACCAGAAGCUGACAUCAGUCUUUGGUGUGGCAGACUUAAAAAAUGAAGCUGUUGGACUGUACAACCUUGGGCAGAGCUGCUGUCUGAACUCUCUGCUCCAGGUGUUCCUCAUGAAUAUACGCUUCACAAGGAUACUCAGAAGGAUCACAGUGCCACCAUCUCCUGCGCAGAGGAGGAGCAAUGUCCCGUACCAGAUGCUCCUGCUGUUGGAGAAGAUGCAGUAUGGCAAGUGCAAAGCUGUUGGUCCCAGAGAGCUGGCUUGCUGCCUCUCAGAGCACAGAGUGAAAUUGUUUGUGCAGCAUGAUGCUGCUCAGCUCUUUCUGACUCUCUGGAACUUGUUAAAGAAGCAGAUGAAAAAGCCAGAGCUGGUAGAGGAGCUGAGUGAUUUGUACACCAUCUGCAUACAGGAGCAUCUGGCCUGUCAGAAAUGCUCUUUUGAAAUAAAGAGCAACAGCACCAUGUUAACCCUUCCACUCCCAGUGCUGGAUGCCAAUUCUCACAGGCUGAAGACUCUGGAGGAUUGUCUGCAAUACUUCUUCCAUCCAGAGGAGCUGACUGGGCUAAACAUGUGUUUCUGUCAAGAGUGUGGGAGGAAAACAACUUUUCUGCAGGCUACCUGGAAGUAUGAGCUUUUUGCUGUGGUUGCUCAUUCAGGAUCAACCAGCUGUGGCCAUUACUGUGCCUACAUUCGGAGCCUCACCGAGGGUAAAUGGUACUGCUUCAACGAUUCUGAGGUUUGCCAGGUAUCGUGGGAUGAUGUUAAAUGCACCUAUGGACAUUCCAACCUCCACUGGAGAGAAACAGCCUAUCUCCUGUUUUAUAUGAAAAAGCACCCUUGGUAGGCCUGUCCUGGAGUAUCAGAAUGUCUCUGAAAGAUGUGCACUGUCCAUGGAGCUCAGCACUUCUAUGCCAGUGCAGACAUGCACAAAUGUUUUACAAGAAAGACAUUCUGCACUCAGCAACCUCGGUCUUCACAUUUAUUUAUGAAAAAAGUGCAGCAGACACUCAGCUAGGGAAUGGAUCCAGGAAGAGUUGCAACUACAGACCUUUUCCUUUGUGUGUUUUAUGUGUUUAUGUGGCUCUACAUGCUCAUUUCCUCUGUAAAAGAUGGUGAAGUUGGUCCUUGUCUCUGCUGCUUUGCUGUUUUCCUUGAUGCUGACCCCUGGAUUCCAGCCCAGGGGAAGUGUUUGGUCUCAAAGCCUUGUGAUGUGUGUGGUAAAACUGGAGAGCUGUGGGAGCCAGACAGAGCCAGUAAGAGUUUGAGAUUUACUUUGUCCUUUUAGCACCACGUUAAAUGCUGGCAAGCUGGGCAGGAGACCCCAAAAAUCACCCCAGAAACAGCUGGGGGAAGGCUCAGAACCCUUAUGACACACAUCAGUGGCACACACUCCUUAAAACCUGCCUGAAGAUGAAUCACUGCAGGGCCUGAGAUGUGUCAAGAGGUGUUUUAAAUCACCUAAUCACCCGUGUUUUAAUCACAAUAAGAUGGAUUUAUUGGAGCAGUUCUGAUUUACAAGAUGAGUUUGUGUAAAUUUGUGCAGGUGAUUAUUAUUUCAUCAGGCUUUUAGAUGCAUUUCCUUUCCUGUAGAGGAAAAUAUUCAGAGCAGCAGAGAUUCUGAGGCUGGUUAGUGAUUUUGCACUACACAGGCCAUACACAGUGAUAAGGAAAGUGGGGUGCCUUGAUGUGCUGGAACUUUUGGGAUUUUUGGUUUUGUGUGGCUUUUAAAGCACUCUUGACAUUAACUCUUGCUGAUCCUCUUGGAUUGAGGAUCCCAGCAGUCUGAGAUCUGGAAGAACCUUCAACCUAAUGCACUCUGUGACUGUAUCUUUACAAAGGUGCUGGUUUUGUGGGACUGAGCAAUUAUGAAAAUUAUAUUAAAAUUAUAGAAAUUAUACAAGACUAUAAAACUAAUGAAGAUAUGCUACCAUCUAUGUAUAAACUAAUUUAAUUUUGGUAAUGAUGAUGACUCAUGUCCAUUUCCUGAAUGUAAACUGAGAAAUCUUAAGAGCAUAGCUGUGAAAUUACUCUUCCAUGGUGUAGCAGGCUUUUAUUUCACUGUGUUAGCAAUUAUUCUGUUCAGCUCUGUGUUUGUAUUAUUUAUUCUGUGGUUAAAAAAAAAAAUCCCAGUGUAUUAUUUGCCAUCAGGAUGAGGAAUUUUCAGCCUGUUCACCUUCAGGAAUGCAUUGCACUCUUUUUUAAAGCAUCUUGCAACAGGUGAGUAAGAAAAACGAGUUUCUGUUUGUUUUUCCAACACUUUGCCUCUGUGAAGGAGCUGAAAAAAGCUGCAUGCCCAGGAACUGAGAAUUUAAUGGAGCAAGAGACUGACCUUUCUAAUUAGCUGUAACUUGAAAUUUAAAAACUUAGGCUUAUGAAAAAUGUCUUAAAUGUGUCAUAACCUGUCACCCAUCAAGGAAACAAUUGCAGAGAUAUAUUUAAGAAUGUGGAAAAAAAUCCAUUUAAUUUCAAUGAAAAGUAAUCAGUGUUUUUUUGAAUAAAAUAGUAUGGGAUAAAUUCCUUAGAAAAUCAGUCUUGUGGUUUAUUCUUGAUCUGUUCCUCCUAAACACUGUGAAUGCAGGUCAGGUAUUCAGGGUAGAGCUGCUGCUAAUGUUUAGCUCCCAGAGCCACGGAAAAACAGCUGAACGUGGACACUUCACCCUUGUGCUGGAGGCACAGUGAGUUUAUUUUGGGGUUUGCUGUCCUGUGAAAGCCUAAAUUGCUCCCACAUGCAGAUGGGCCACAGGAGAGCAGGAGGGUGAACAGUGCAAAAACUCAGAUUUAACAACUGCCUGAGCUGAGCUGCUUUUGCAAAAAGUCACCUUGGCUGCCCCUGUGUCCCCCCAGAAUUUCUGCCAGAAACACUUUUCCACCAAAAACUGCUACAAAGGAGCUGGGAUUAUUUGUCCUGUGUUUGAGUCACUGUGCAAAUAAACUCAGCAUCAACAGCAAGGGUUUUGAAAAGCCAGAUAAAACCAAGAGGAUGUGUGUGGAGAGAUUAUUGUAGGUCCUGGUAACUCCUUGUUUCUGUUUUUUGUUUGGUUUAGGAUUACCAUGUGGUAGCAGAUUACACAAUCUCUGCUUCAUCUCUGCCAGAAUCCUCCUCAAAUUCAGAUAUUCCUUACCUUCAAUAAGCACACAGAAAAAAGCAGGGGGGAAAAAGUAAAUACAUCUAACAAAUGUCUCACAAAGGUAUAAUUUCUAGAAUGUCAAUAUGUAAUUUACAAAAUCACUGAAGAACAGGGAAACAAUGAUUCAGACAUGGUCAUCACAGAUAUCUCACCUGCAUUAUUCCUUUUUCUCACCAAUAAGGAGAAAAACCAUGUAGGGGACUGAAAUCUCAACACAGCAGCCCUGGGCACUAGAAGUGCUGGUUAAACCCUGAUCUCCUGGCAGCAUUCAGGCCUGACCUUUUUGAGCAGAGAAAAUAAAAUUAAAAGGGUUCUUCUGAGUCGAGUGACCACUCAUCAUUACAGCAGCUGAGAGCAAAAGCUAUGGGGAGCCUUGAGAUCAAAUAUAUGUAUUUUAAAGUAACAAUAAAAAAUAUAAAACCAUGGAUGCACAGUGCCAUGGGGAUGAAGCCAUAUUGGGAAUUUUUAAAAAAAUUAUUCCUCCUGUGGACAGUUUAAUGCUUCCUCCUGAGACAAGCAGCAAUCUGGUAUCUUCUGGUGAUGUGAGAUGAGAAAUGGUUUUGGGGCAUGUGCCAACUCCCCAAAGAUCACUUUCCUUGCAGGAAAGCAGAGACCAUGAGGUAUACAAAACCCUGCAACCUCAGCCAAUGCAAAACUGCCAUGAUGAGCUCACUCAAUAAAUUCACGAGGAGCCUG